CAAAGAAGAUUUUUGGGGUCCCCCAGCAGAUUUUGGGGUCCCUGAGCAGAUUUUGGGGUCCCCGAGCAGAUUUUGGGUUCCCCCAGCAGAUUUUGGGGUCCCAAAGAAGAUUUUUGGGGUCCCAGUGGAAAUUUUGGGGUCCCCCAGUGGAUUUUGGGGCCCAUGGCCCAGCAGGAAACCUACGGGAACUGGCUGGGCCCCGAGCGCCUGCGGCGGCAGCCGGGAAUUUACUCCGUGGCUUCCAAGAUGUCCCCGGUGGGCGACUUCAGACCAGCCUCUCCCGACAGCUUUGAGGACGAUUACGACGACGUUUCCAUGCCAGGAUCCGACCGGGGCCCGCCAGGAAAAGGCGUUUAUCUCCUGGCGGGGCCUCCGGGCUCUUCCCGAGCUCCGUCCCCGAAGGACCCGGAAGAUUUGGAGCUGAAAUCCCCAAAUUUGGACCCGAAUUCGGAGCCCAAUUCCCGGGAUUCCGAGCGCGGCCCCCGGAAUUCCGGGAGUUUCGGGAAUUUCUGGAAUUCCGUGGCUGUGCUGGCGCUGCUGGUGGCCCUGAGCGCCCUGGCCUGGGCCGGGCUCCUGGCGGCGGCCCUGGGCAAACACACAGAAAUGAGGGCGGAGCUGGAGCAGCUGAAAUUGAAUCUGUCGGAAAUUCAGGAUUUGGUCCAGCAGGACCAGACCCGGCUGCAGUUCGGGAUCCACCAGCACCAACAGGAGCUGAAGGAAGUCUCUGAUUUGCUGUGCCGGUUGCUGGGGCGCUCGCGGCGCUGCGGGGCCGGCUGGCGCCUCCAUGGGAACAGCUGCUAUUCCUGCUCUGCCACGGCC